UCAGUUUAGUAGUUACCUUUAAUACAAAGAAGUAUUAAACUAAUAAAUCCUACGAAAUGUACAUAAAGGUCUUGUGUUUUACAACCCUCCUCGUCGUGGCAGCGGCGCAGUAUGGACACGGCUACGGGGAAGCGCACUCCUCCCAGCACUUCAUCAAACACGACGGACAUCCUGAAGUAGUCCACGGGCACCACGGCCAUCAUGACUACCAUACUCAUCCUCACUACGAGUUUGACUACAAAGUGGAGGACCACCACACGGGCGACAUGAAGCACCAACACGAGCACCGCGACGGGGACGUGGUGAAGGGCGUCUACUCGUUGCACCAGCCCGACGGCUCCGAGAGGACCGUGCACUACCAUGGGGACCAUCAUACUGGUUUUCAUGCUGACGUGAAAUUCGGAACCCACCACAUCGUCAUAUGUUUAACAACCCUCCUCGCUGUAGCCGCGGCGCAGUAUGGACACGGCUACGGGGAAGCGCACUCCUCCCAGCACUUCAUCAAACACGACGGACAUCCUGAAGUAGUCCACGGGCACCACGGCCAUCAUGACUACCAUACUCACCCCAAGUACGAAUUCGACUACAAAGUGGAGGACCACCACACGGGCGACAUGAAGCACCAGCACGAGCACCGCGACGGGGACGUGGUGAAGGGCGUCUACUCGCUGCACCAGCCCGACGGCUCCGAGAGGACCGUGCACUACCACGGGGACCACCACACCGGGUAA